CCUUAGUGAACGUACUAUGCAUAAAUUUGGCGUGGCAGUACAUGUUCGGUAUAGCACGAAGAGUUCAACUUCGACAUAAGAGAGGAGCCCCAAAAAUGAAUCGUUUGCUGUUCACUCUGACUGUUCUUGUGAUGAUGACUGCACCUGGUUGUGCGUUGAAAUGCUAUGUGUGCUCUGGCACUGAAGAUACUUGCAGCAAGAGCAAACUGGAAGGUGACAAGGACACCUACUUGAAGGAAUGUCCUUCCGGCUUUGACAGGUGCGCUAGGAGUUGGUCUAAGAAAGAUGACGCGAACGCUGUAGGAAACUCCUGCGCCAAUGAAGCUGUCUGUGACGCAGCAGAUGAGCUUUGUGACAAGCUUAAAGAUACUAUCAAGGACUACAAGUGCGGGGUUGGUUGCUGCACUGACGAUGCCUGUAACGCAAGCUCGCCUGUGACCUUCAGCUUCUUCCUGUUGAUCGUCUCCUCUGUCUUGGGCCUAGCACUAAUGAAGUAGACCGCAGACCAAAGAUGCUAACGUGUUACGAGCACCCCUUGAUUGUAGAAUUGUGAGCGUCAUAAGACAUGUCAUCCAAGAUGGACAGUCAAUGUUACUCGCAAAAAAAAAAGUAGAUUUGUAGAUCUGAGUGAAUUUCCUUGUAUUGUAAGCUUAGCAGUUGGAUUAAACGUUUUGAAAUAAUCGUA